UUUCACUUAGAAGAAGUCUAAUUCUGUUUUUCGGUUUCAACCAGGAGAUUCAACAUGACCUUAGUUGGACUAUCGUGUUUUGUUCUCGCUUCAUUCUAUUUCUUUACUGUUUACAGCAGGCCGGUAGGUGUCCAUCUGCGUAACAUGGACAGCUUCAUCCGAGCUGUGCAACAGGUUGAAGACUCUAACCCCGGUCUGUCCCCCCUAGCCCUGGUCAGGGCCCUGCGGAGGACUGCCGGCCACGACGAUGCAAUGACCAUCCACUUCUUGGGUACAUCAUAUAAUCUCAGUGAUGCUGAGGUCCUAGAGACAGCCAUCCUCAAUGCCUCAUCCUUUAGCUUUUUUGACAAGGCCAUCCACCACAUUGUGACAGAUUACGGAGAGGAACGAGGGGUGGUCCUCACUCCAGAUGGCACCACAGUAGCUCUUGCACCCUUGCUGCUAGGAAUCGAAUCAGGCCUGAAAGCCAAGCUGGAGGGCACCCCAGCUGUUGGGAUCUUCCCUCUCACCUUAGGCAGGACACUGGGCCUGACCUUCCUCAGCCUCCAGGAUUUCCCGCCAUCUUAUCGCCUGGGGCCUAACGGGUGCUGGGACAACGUGGAGCAUCCUAAGGUGUUCAAGCUGUCUCGGCCUGCCACUCUAGCCACUGAUGCUGUUAUUAAUGGGGGCAUGGAUGGCGCUAUACUGGGCACAGACCUCAGCAGCCUACCUGAACAGGAGCAGCCGCAGGCCCUCAGUGAGAUUUUGAAAGGAUACUAUAGUUAUAUCCUGCAUGAGGGGCAGGGUCUUGAUGCUGUGACCAGCCAUGUUAGCCCCAGACGAAGGGAGAUCUCUAGAUCCAUUCUGGAACCACUUGAUUCACUUCACAGCCAAGUGAUGGAGACACUAGCAUUAGUCUGGAAGCUGGAGAAGACAGAGUGGAUCGCUCUGGACACCGGAGUGGCGAAGGCGGUGAAGGAUGGAUUGCAGACAUUUGUGCACAAGUAUUGGGACUGCCCUCAAGUCAUCCGUCGUUGUCAGUGGGGGGCAAAAGCCUCCCGGGGUACACCUAUCCCACUGUCUCUGCCCCUCCAGUUUCUCUAUGUUCACCACACCUAUGAGCCAUCCUCGCCCUGUUUGUCCUUCCGGAACUGCUCUCGCAACAUGAGAUCCAUGCAGCGUUUCCACCAGGAAGAUCGUGGUUGGGCUGACAUAGGCUACAGCUUUGUGGUCGGCUCUGACGGCUACGUCUAUGAAGGCAGAGGUUGGCACCACCUCGGCACACACACCAGGGGGCACAAUGACAUCGGUUAUGGCGUGUCAGUCAUUGGUAACUACACUGCCACCCUGCCGUCUCGCCACGCCAUGGACCUGUUGCGUCAUCGUCUAGUCCGAUGUGGAGUAGAUGGAGGAAGACUGGCUGCCAACUUCACCUUCCACGGCCACAGACAGGUGGUGAACUACACCACUUGCCCUGGCGAUGCCUUCUUUUCAGAAAUAAGAAGCUGGGAACACUUCAGGGAAUGACAGGACCCCACUGCCAGUUUGAGGUUCUUAAACAUCAUUAAUGGAUCUUCAGGUAUGAUGACUGUCAUGACUCCCUGUUUGUUUUUCUUAUUUGUUGAAAUAGUUUCACUGUGUGAAAUGAGUUAAUCCUCCAGACUCUGGACUAGUUGAUCAUUUUAAUGGUGAUUACUCAGUUGGAAAUGUGAUUGUUGUUCUGUUUUAUUAUUGUAAUUAUUUGAUUUUAUUUGGAGUUAUAAUUGCUAACUGGGGCCUCUGUAGCUUUUACAAGUCUUUCAAUUUAUCAAUACAUGUCUGAUCAUGCUAAUGUUUGCAUAUUGUAAGGCAUGUUGGAAUAUAAAUACUAACAGAGUUUCCCUGCAGGGGUAAAAUAAAGUUUGUUUUUGAAAUCAAAACAUUUUAAAAAGCAGACAAAAAUAUCACUUGUAUGUCCUAUUUUACGUUAAUUUUUCCACUUUUUAUU